AGGUUGAGCUCUAGAAGCUGACCCCCUCUCUGUGAACCCCACUUUUGGUAGUCGGAUAAAAGAGCAACUAUGACAUCCUUGACAGAUGACAUACGCCAGUUGUUCCAUGAAUCUAUACAUUUACGUUAUACAACCAUACAAUAAACCUCGGAUUACACAAGAUGAAGUUCUCACCAAGCGACCUAGCCAUCUGCGAAACAUGCGGAACACAAUACGACGUUCCGCUGUCGCAGCACCCUGAAACAUGCCGCAUCUGCGAUGACCCCCGCCAAUACGUCCCAGCCUCGGGCCAAUCCUGGACCAGUCUGGCCAAAGACCAACAGACGCAGAAAAACGUCUUCGAAACCGACUCCAAGGAUGGCCGAAUCCACUACAUCAGCACGCAACCUCUGACGCCUUCGGAGCUCCCCGCCGGUCUCGCCGACUCCAGCACUACUCGCAAGCAACUAGGCAUCGGGCAACGCGCCAUUUUGCUCCAGACCAGCCAUGGCAACGUGCUCUGGGACUGCAUUGCGCUGCUGAACCCGGAGACGAUUGACUUUAUCAAUUCAAAAGGUGGACUGAAAGCAAUUGUAAUCAGUCACCCGCACUUCUACACCACGCACCUCGAGUGGGCAGACGCAUUCGGGUGCCCCGUGUACAUAUGCCAAGACGACGCCGAAUGGCUCAACCGCGAGGACAAGACGGGCGUAAGGAAGCUUGUGCGCGGUGUCACGCCGAUCGAAGAGGUGGGCGGUGAGGUUAAGAUGGUCCAGUGUGGCGGCCAUUUCGAAGGAAGUUCGGUCGCGCAUUGGGAGGGCAAGUUGUUUAUUGCUGAUACGUUUAUGAGUGUGCCUUCUGGCUUCAACAAUGCCCAUCGUAUCCCGGAUACAACGUCCUACUCUUUCAUGUGGGCGUAUCCUAAUAUGAUUCCUCUACCUCCGCCUGCUGUCCUGGCUAUCUGGAAGGCAAUCAAGCCGUUUGAGUUUGAUAGCACGUAUGGAGGCUUUGCGGGGCAGAAUUUGAGUAGGCCGGAUUUGAAGGCACAGGUCUUGCAGAGUAUGAAGAUUUUCCUGAAGAGGGGUGGGCAUGAGGGGGCGGAGAUUUUUGGGGAGGGUGUGUAGGUUUUGUAGGCGAAGGGAUGGGAGUGCUGGGUAUAUGGAAUUUGUAGUGUGUAAUGUGUGUUUGAAAACUGAGGACUUGUGUUCUUCCAUAUCGUUUCUCUCUGAAUAACAAACGGUUUUGAACCUUUAUG